AUGGGAAAUAAAGUAUCCGCCGAAGCACCGAAUAUGAAAAUUCAUGGUGGUAAUGGAAAUCCACCACCUGAGUGUCCAAUGCAUAAUAAAAGCGCAGAUGCUAAAAAUGAUAUUAAAGCACCACCUUCUGAAUGUCCAGUUCAGAAUGAAAACAAUAUCAAUCCUUAUAAUAUGAUGCCACCAGCAAAUCAACAGCCAGCCCCAGAUCAACCAUUUUCACUUCCAACAAAUCGUCAAGUGUCUUCCAUUCCUCGUGCUAUGCCUGAUGGAUCAACAGAGUUUUGGGUAUAUCCUAGCCAACAAAUGUUUUGGAAUGCGAUGCUUCGUAAGGGCUGGAGAUGGAAAGAUGAUGAAAUCAAACAAAAAGAUAUGGACGACAUAAUUAGAAUACAUAAUGCUAAUAAUGAACAAGCUUGGCAAGAAGUCUUAAAAUGGGAAGCCCUCCAUGCUAAAGAGUGUGGUCAUCCGAGACUUAAGAGCUUUGGAGGAAAAGCAACAGACUACAGCCCUAGGGCAAGGUUUCGCUCAUUGUUAGGGUAUGAGUUACCUUUUGAUCGUCAUGACUGGAUAGUGGACAGAUGCGGUAAAGAUGUACGUUAUGUCAUCGACUAUUAUGAUGGAGGUGAAGUUGACAACAAAUAUCAAUUUGCAUUACUCGAUGUUAGGCCAGCGUUGGAUUCAUUUGAAAAUGUCUGGGAUAGGAUGAAAGUUAUGUAUAUGAGAUAUCGCUAUGAACUUAUUGGAGAAAAGAAAAAUACAAAAUUAACUAAU